CCCCGGUUGCCCCCCAGGCCGGUGCAGAAGGCGGAGCUGGUCCGUCUGUCCCAGACCCUCCUCCACGUCCCGUCCCUGCACUGGGUGGUCGUGGAGGACGCUCCGUCGCCCUCGGCGCUGGUCGGGGGGGUCCUGGCGGCCUCGGGGGUCUCGUUCACGCACCUGAGCGCCGAGACCCCCCCCGAGCUGCGGGCGGGGCCCGGGGACCCCCCCUGGCUGUUCCCGCGGGGGGCGGAGCAGCGGAACCGGGCGCUGCGGUGGCUGCGGGACACGCGGGGACCCGACGAGCCGGGGGUCGUGUACUUCGCCGACGACGACAACACCUACAGCCUGCGGCUCUUCGAGGAGGUGGGACCCCCCCGGGACCCCCCCUGA